AUGACCAUCUACCUCAUGACGCGUUGUGCUUCAUCUCAUUUCUGGGACAAUACCAAUAUCCGAUCCAGUAGCAUGACUUCUAUCGCCCGCCCACGACCUUCCGGUCUACGGGCAAUCUUCGAAUACGUAUUCCAUAAGGCUUCAACUUUGUUGGGCCCAGUCGCUCACUUCUGCCGCACCUCUUUCUCAUGGAAACCCAUGAAUUGGCAUAAGAGCGGUAAAGUGUUCUUUGCUAUUCCGUUAUCCGUUCUCCCGCUCAUUAUCCUGACACCUAAUAUCAGGUCCUUUGAGAAAAUGCAAUCCGUGCACUGCGUUUUUACUCAUGAUUGGACGGGAAGUUUGUAUCUCGCAUCCAAUGAUCCAAAGGACGAAGGUGUAGCAGGCGCAGCGGAUGGUCAUAGACGAGCUCGUACUAUCAAUGAGUUCACCCCGAUCCCAUCUUCUGCUGGCUACAAGCUUGAGGACGCCAGAAUCGUUGAAUUUAUCUUAACGACUCGCGCAUAUAACGACUUUCGAGGUGGUGAUGCAUUGACUCAGGAUCAUGAGGCGCAUAGGGUACCUACCUCUACCCACCCCACCCUCUGCUUCAUGACACGAACGCACUUUUGGUCAAGCACGCUGUACGGCUGUCAACCUAGUUCUUCACCUGAAUCCCGCAUUCCUCUUGACAACCACCCCACAACCGUCACAUUUGCGUAUGAAAUGCCUCAAGACAAGUACAUAGUGCCUCGUAAAUUGUUGUGA